UUCCGGCGGCCGACCGGGACCAGCACCAAAGCGCGCCUAUCUUAAGCGACCAGCAAUCGCCAAUUCGCGAUUGCUGCCUUGCUAGCUAAGCUACCCAGAGCUACCGCGCCGUUGCCUCCAAGACGAUCGCGUGGGACCGCGAGAGCCGGAGCAACCGAGUGCGCGCGGCGGCGAGAUGGCAGCGUCGCAGGAGUACAUGGACAAGGCGCUGCUCCGGCGGAGCUACCGGAACGUCUGGCACACCGACCUCACCAACGCCAUCCAGGCGGAUUUCCCAUACUGCUGUCUGUCGCUGUGGUGCGGCCCAUGCGUGUCUUACAUGCUUCGCAGGCGCGCUCUCUACAACGACAUGUCAAGAUAUGUGUGCUGCGCUGGGUACAUGCCAUGCAGCGGCAGGUGCGGCGAGAGCAAGUGCCCAGAGCUAUGCCUCGUAACAGAGGCGUUCCUCUGCUUCGGCAGCUCGGUUGCUUCGACCAGGUUCCUGCUGCAGGAUGAGUGCAACAUCCAGACGACCUAGUGCGACAACUGCAUCAUCAGCUUCAUGUUCUGCCUCCAGCAGCUGGCCUGCAUCGUCGGCAACCAGGAACUCUCCGAGGCUUCGCAGGCGAUCUCCUGCGUCUCCGACGCGGUCUACUGGACGGUUUGCUCCUGUAUGCAGACGCAGCACAAGGUGGAGCUGGACAAGAGGGACGGCAAACUGGGCGGGGCUGCGAUGACGGUCCCUCCGAUGCAGCAGAUGUCACGCAUCGAUCAGCCGAUGCCGCCUCAGGUCGGGUAUGCACAGCAGCCAGCGUCCUACAGGUAGUUCUGUGGGAUCUUGGGAGUGGGAAAUGGAUGGAGAUCAAGUAGCUGAUAUUAUGUUCCUGUUUGUAUGCCAUUGUGACUUGAUUUAUGAGCGUGUAAACU